AUGCGUUGCUCCCGAAUAGUGGUUGGGGCACCAUUCGCUACUGUACGCGCUUAUUAUUAUUAUUUAUUUAUGCUAAGCGGCCCUGUGGAACUGCCGGGGAAUAUCAUCCGUGGGAGCACCACCUUCUGCUUAACGCGUGUGGGCGAUCGGGCGUAUUACGUUCCGCGUGGGUGUACGCUGGAGGACAAGCUACACUGCUGGCGUGUAAAGGCCGACCAUGAGACGGGGCGCAUCUUCUUUGUGAACUGCGGAGGUCUGGGGCCGAGAUGGACGCUGCCCGACACGCUUGCGAAUAUCGAUUUGUUGACCACUGCGGGGCCAGAUGGCAGCCGCCAUCGCCCUUCCUCUUUGCCUGGGUCAUCACCAACUGCGAGGCAUGCCGCUGCUGACGCUGUGGCGGCGGAAGCGAGGUCCCUGGUAGAAUUGAGCAGCGGAAGAAAAAAAGGCAAUGGCAGCGACACAAAAUCUUUUUGGGAUUUGUCGCUGGCUGGAAAAUCAUUUCUUUGCUCGGGCAAACAACCCCUUCGUGUUCACUCCAAUGGGAAGAGAGUUGCUGACAUUUACGUUAACGACAUCGCAUAUCUGCGGUCAUUUGACGAGGAAGGAAAAUCACCAGCGUCUUUUGAGACUGCACUGCACGGCGAAUUUGAGAACGCCAGAACGCCCCUCGAAGGCAGAUGUGCCGAAACAUCUUUGCUCGAGGCACAGUUACGGAGGAGAAUUGAGGACUAUGCCGAGGAGGUCACCACACUUCGUCGAAGGCUGGAAGACCAGGAGCGCCUCUUCAUGGAAAAGGAACUGGCGCUGGUGGAACUGGAGGAGAGAAUAGUGAGCAUGAGGCUACACAUGGUGGAGGCUGUGAGCGCGUAUCGCCAGAACACAUACUCGUGGCAGUCAUAA